AUGACGUCUUCGUCGGUGAGGUGGUCGAAGACGGAGACCAGUCGUUUGAACACGGAGGAGCAUGACUUCAAAACUAACUUCCGACGGUCAAAGAAUCACCAAAAGUUUGAUUUGUCAGCUUGUUCCAUGCCAACGUUAGCGAGGCUCCGAUCCUUCCGACGAACGUUUCCCCGUAUAAUUUCAAUUAGAGAGGAUAUAGUGCAGUCACCAAUGAUGUUAAGAAUCAGUAGUACAGGGAAUGUUGUCUUGAACUGA